AUUGAUCUUAGCAAGGCGUUCGACAAAGUAUCCCACUUAGGUCUCCUUAGUAAACUGAAAGGUUUCGGACUAGACCAAUGCCUAUGUGAGUGGUUUAGAGAUUACUUAAUGGAUAGAAGGCAGAAGGUUAGAGUUAAUGGUGUACUAUCAGGAUGGAAAGCAGUAUCCAGUGGAGUGCCCCAGGGAACUGUAUUAGGUCCAUUGCUAUUCCUAUUAUACGUUAACGAAUUACCAGGGAUUCUUUCUUCAUCUUCAUUAUUAUUUGCAGAUGACAUUAAGGUAUGGAAAACUGUAAACAAUAACGAGGAUAGGUUGGCCCUACAAACUGAUUUAGAUAAAUUAGCUGAGUGGUCAAGCCUAUGGAGUUUGGAAAUGAAUGCUAGGAAAAGCGCGGUAAUGCACUUAGGUCAGAAGUCUUAUACGUCGUACUCCCUAGGGGAUGCAGAACUACCUGAUGUUAACGAACAGAAGGACCUAGGAAUCAUUGUCAGCAACGAUUUGAAAACAACUGCAAAUUGCAAUGCAGCCGCAGCUAAAGCUUUUCGAAUGCUAUGGGCAAUUCGAAGGGCUUUCAAACGAUUAGACGAGGGCAUGUUCCAAAUACUCUACGCAACAUAUGUCAGGCCUCAUCUAGAAUACUGCAUACAAGCGACGAGUCCAUGCUUCAAAAAGGAGGCACAUAUUCUGGAAAGAGUACAGAGAGUAGGAACAAAAUUAGUUAGUGGUAUCUCACACCUUCCUUAUGAUAAGAGGAUGGAGCAUUUAAAUCUCUUCCCGUUAUCAUACCGAAGGAAGAGAGGCGACUUAAUUUUAGCAUACCGUAUACUUAAGGGUGAUUUAGGAACUGACCUUUCUAACCUUUUCUCCCCUUCUAGGAUACAUUUACGGGGUCACCGCAAAAAGGUGCUCAAACCAAGGACGAUUAAAAUACGUGCAGAAUUUAGAUUCUCUCACAGAGUGGUCAACGAUUGGAACUCCUUACCUGAUUCAGUAGUAUCAGCUCCAUCGGUGAACGCUUUCAAAGAGAAGUUAGAUCUCUGCAGAGAUAUACUUUGCAAGGAUUAACACAGGCCACAAGAGCCUUCUAUCCUUAUCAUCUGAAUCAGAAUGUAAUUGCUACGCAUUAGUAGGUGCGUGUAGUUUGACUUAAGACCGGUUGGUCCGAAUUUCAUCAUUGGUGUUAUGUGUUACCAAAUGGCCACCCGGUUGAGAUUUAACUGUGCUAGUCACUUCGGUAGACCUUACCACUGACUUUUCACAACUAAUCAGAAUUAAGAGGCAAUAAGUCACAAAACGGUUAAGAACGUGACUAUAGAUCAUGGGCGUUUUAUAUUUUGGUUAGAUAUCAGUCUUCAUUCCCAAUUAACGAAUAGUCAGCAUUCACCAUAUCUUGCAAGAUAUGUAACAUUAGCCAACUCCCAUUUUGUUUUUAACCCUUAUCCCGCCGAUGUUGUAGUUUACCAGAUCAGAUGGUUAACGGGACUGAUCAUUCAAGAAUUCACAAGACACCAUUUCGCAUCAGCCGUAAGCAGGUGCGAAUAAGUCAGCUUGGUUUACAACGAGGAUAUUGGAAGCAUCAUAUAACACGUAUCUCUUCCCUCAGUGAAACAGCAUAAUAAAUAUACAAUAAAUAAUACUGUUUCACUGCGUGAUAUAUCUAAUAAACAAACUAAUAUGGAGUUGCAUUUGUGGCAUAGCGGUUAGGACGCUCGCCGACCAUGCACAUGGUCCGCGGUUCGAUCCCCGGCCACGGACGCACUCAUUUACCUCGCUGAUCCAGAAAUAAUGCUGGUAAAGAGGAAAGGUUGGGCAUGAGGCUAGCAACCCCAUCCUGUAAAAUAAACACUGCUACAGAAACUUCAAGCCACUAGCUUGAAGUCCUAUGUUCCACUGGGGGACGUGAAGGAAAAAAAA